AAAGGUCCUCUAAGAUUGAGAUUAUUGGAACAGCUACUAAUCUGUAAUGAUAGAGAAGUGGAAUUGGGAUUUGGGGCAAUGGCAUCCGGAGGAUCUUCUUCUGCUAAAGUGGCCGUUGUCGGAGCUGGGCCUUGUGGUCUCGUGGCUGCUCGAGAGCUCCGAAGCGAAGGUCUUCAGGUGGUGGUGUUUGAGAAGGGUGACCGACUCGGAGGCACAUGGGUUUACGAUCCCAGCAUCGAGAAUCUCCAACUGAGUGUGAGCUUCGAACAGGGUCGCCAAGGGGAAGAAGAAGAAGGUGUUGGGGUUCAUGUCCACAGCAGCACUUACCAUUCGCUCCGGACCAAUGUGCCGAGGCAGAUCAUGGGGUUUUUGGAUUACCCAUUCCUCAAGGAAAGCCAUGGUGGAGACUCCAGAACGUAUCCUCGAAGAGAGGAGGUGCUCUCCUAUCUGGACGACUUCGCCAAAGACUUCCGACUCGUUGAGUUGAUCCGCUUCCGCUCUGAAGUGGUCCGAGUGGAGCGUAAUCAUGGAAGGCCAGAUGGAUGGAUCGUUCAAUCUCGCACUUCGGAAUCGGAGGAGCUGGAAACAGAGUUGUUUGACGCCGUUGUCGUCUGCAACGGCCACAAUACGGUGCCGAGAUUCGCCGAGAUUCCAGGAAUUGGUAAGUGGCCCGGAAAGCAAAUACAUAGCCACAGCUACCGAAUUCCUGAACCAUUUCGAGACCAGGAAGAAGAAAGGUACAGUGUAUGUACCAGAGUGGUAUCAGUGCAAGGGAAUGGACGAAAGGGUCGAUCGUCUUGAGGUUGACAUAAGCUCUCUCAAUGAAGGACAGAAGCAAAUCCUACCUAGACUUGAUGGGCAGCAACAACUUCUUACCAAGUUGUCUGAAUUUUUUGAAAGAAUGAGUUCAUGUGGACUAAACAUGAAUGCCCCUGAGUUGGAAGGGACUUCAAGAUCGGCUACUUAAAUUCCUGGUUUGGCUUGUUCUCCUCUUUUGAAC